AUGCAAGCUUCUAUUGUUUAUAGUGCCGUAGAUUCAGAUGAUUAUUUAACAAAAUAUAUUCAACGUCAAUCUCAUUGUUUGGAUGUUUUUGAACAAUACAUUACUACACUGAAACGAUCAUUUGGUAUUAUUCGUGAGGCGGCUUCUGAUGCACCUAUAUUUGAUCCAGGUCUUACUAUCAUGGGUCCACACGUUAAAAAAGAUCCGUCUGUUAUUGAGAAUGAAGAAUCUUAUGUGGUAAAGAAAAUGGCUAGUAUAGAACCAAGAAAGAAAUAUGCACUGGUUCAUGAACAAAUAGGAAUUUUUAUUAUUGGUGGUUACAAUCUAUAUGUCAAUGUUCCUAUUCAAAAAGAACCUGAUACAGAUUAUUUAUUCAAAUUCAAUGGAAGUACAGUGAAAAUUCCACGAUUAAGUCCAUGUCGAGUUCAUUUUGGAAUAUAUACAGAUGGUGACGCUAUUUACGUUGCUGGUGGUCAAACGUUAUAUAAUGAAUUACUGGAUGAUAUUCAACGUUUAAAUUUACGAACAUUAAGAUGGGAAUAUGUUGCUAGAUUAAUGAAUCCUAUUGCUGCAUGUGGAAUGGCAGUUGAAGGACAACGAAUUUAUCUCGUAGGUGGUUAUGAUAUUUUUCAAAAUCAAACUUAUUUCGUCAAUACUUUUACUAUUUAUAAUUUGUUGACAGGAAAAUUUGAAAAAUCAACUGAUUUGCCAUCAUCACGUUGUCGCAGUCUAAUCUUUGCAACUAGUAAUGCUUUGUUUUGUGUAUCAGGUCUAAUUGAAGGUCGUGAUGAAAAUGGUAAUAAAAAAAUUAAAAUUUCUACUGAUAUUUUAAAAUGGAAACAUGAAACUCCAACAUGGAUUAAAGUUUCCCAAACACCUGAACUUAGUAAACUUCAUGCAUUAUCAUUCAAUGAUCCUUAUCUUGAAAUAAUGAAACGUAAUACUUCUGAUAAAGGUGAUGCUACUGACACCAUAGUUGAAGCUUAUUAUGAUUUUCGAACAAACAUUUGGGCAAAUGGCAAACCACCAGCAUCACCAAUGAAACUUAAAAGUGCAUCUGCUAUAAAAAAUCCAAACAACUCACUGGCGAAAUCGCCAUCGAAAGCAGCAAAUAAAACGAAAGCAACCCCAACUAAAACUCCUUCAAUAAUCUGUCAACAUCGUCCAUAUGAAUGUAUUCAAGUUUCAUAUCGUGGUAUUAAUAAAUGUAUAACAAAUUUUAAUCGUUUAACAACAGUUGCUCAUGUUAUUGAUGCAUUACUUAAUGAUUUAUCUGAAAAACAAUAUUUAUCUGUAAAUGAUUGUUGUUUAUAUAUUGAACGUUCACCAUAUUUAUUUCCAUUAAAAUCAACUGAUUUUAUUCAAGAUAUUCUAUUACGUUAUGCAUCAACACAUAUACAUUUUAAAUUAUCAUUUAAACGUAAUGCAUCACCAUCACGUUGGGCACAACGUAAAAAACUUCAUCGAACAUCAUAUCAACAAACAUCAUUAACAAAUGCUUAUGAACAAUUAAAAAUUCAAGAAUCAUUAAUACGACAACAACAUGAAAUAAUAACGCAAUUGAAAAAAAUUAAUUUAUCAAAUGAUCAUCAUAAUCAAUAUAAAACAUCAUCAAAUUAUACGAAUUAUUUCGAUUGGAUUACUCAAAGUAAUCAUAAUAGUGAUAGUGAUGAUAGCAAAAUUUCAUCAGAUAUUAUUCCGAUAUGUAGACGACAAUCACGACAAGAUGAAUAUCAUAAAGCUAUUAAUCAUAAUGCCACAAAUACAAGUCGUUCAUUAUCACGUGUUCGUUUUCGUACUUCAACAGGAAAUAAUACAAAUCAAUUACCAUCAUCGACAACACAAAUGAAAAGUAUUUUAAAAAAAAAUUCAUCAAAUUAUUCUUUUCUUCCACGAACUUCAAGUGUUGAUCGUGAUAUUAAUCGUUUAACAUCAAUUAAACAACGACGAAAUAGUUUAUAUAAAUUUGAUGAUGCUGAUGAUGAUAAUUUAUCAGAUCGAAGUACAACUGAUUCAUGUUUAGGUUCACUUUCAUCGAAUGAUAAUAAUAGUUAUGUUAGCAAUCAACAGCAUCUAGAAACACUUGUUUGA